AUGAUCAAUAAUUAAUACACAUAAAGUGUGAAUGAUGCUGUUUAAUAAGCAAUCGAAAUAAAAGCUUUGAAGGAUGAAUGGACUUUAAUUAAAAAAGGAAAAUAUUACUCAAUUUCUUGCAGAAAGUACAAAGAUUGCUAAAAUAAAUUGCUUAAAGUAGAGGGAACUCUUCCUACCAGCUAUUUCGCUGCUUGUUAAUUCUAUUUUGAUAACAUUGAUACAGCUUUCCCUAAAAACAGAACCCUAUGUACAGGCAUAGAUAUUCUAGAAAAAGUCGAUAACGAUACUUAUGUUUGUGUAAUCAAGCUUGCUGCUAUGGCCAAUAGUUUACCUAAAGAAGUUCUCACUGUUAGACAUAGAAAGUUUAUUUCUAACAAUGAAAUUUUACUUGUAAAUGGUGUUUUAGAUGAACACCAAAAACUUCCAAGAAAAUAGGAUGUUAUUAGAACAGAGCAUGCAGUUUAUGCAUUAUAUUUAACCAAAUUGAGUGCUACUACAACUCACUUUGAACUCUACUUUUUAAAAGACCCAAGCACAUCUUUCCCUGAAUAAAUUUUCUCUAAAUUGUCAGAUGUCGUACUAAACAGUUACGAAAAAGAUGUUGAAACAUUGAUGACUAAAAAAUGA